UUCUGUUUGUUAGUUUUCCUUCUAACAGUCAGGCUCCUCUGCUACAGGUCUGCUGGAGUUUGCUGGAGGUCCACUCCAGACCCUGCUUGCCUGGGAGUCACCAGUGGGGUCUGCAGAACAGCAAAGAUUGCUGCCUGUUCUGUCCUCUGGUAGCUUUGUCCCAAAAGGGUACCUGCCUGAUGUCAGCCAGAGCUCUCUCGUAUGACAUGACUCACAGAUAGGAUACACGGGGGGUCAGGGAGCCACUUGAGGAGGCAGUCUGUCCCUUAACAGAGCUCAAGCACUGUGCUGAAGGAUCCAUUGCUCCCUUCAGGGCUGCUGGGCAGGGAUGUUUAAGUCUGCUGAAUUUGAACCCACAACCGUCCCUUUUCCCAGGUGCUCUAUCCCAGGAAGCUGGGAGCUUUGUAAGUCCCUGACAAUCUGCCCUCUUUUGUUUUUUUCUGAGAUGCCCUGCCCAGCAAGAAGGGAAUCUGCUUGACAGUCUGCCUGCAGAGAGGCCUUGCUGAGCUGCCAUGCUGGGCUCUGCCCAGCUGCUGUGUAAACUUCCUGGUGGCUUUGUUUACACAGCAAUGUGGAACCUCUUACUGGAGCGUCAGCAAUGGUGGGUGCCCCUCCCCCUACCAAGCUCGAACAUCUCAGGUCAAACUCAGACUGCUGUGCUGGCUGCGAGAAUUUCAAGCCGGUGGAUUUUAGCUUGCUAGUGUUCGUAGGGGUGGGACCUGCUGAGCCAGCUCACUUGGCUCCCUGGUUCAGCACCCUUUUUCAGGGGGAAUGAGCAGUUGUCUCUCGUUGGCGUUCCAGGUGCCACUUGACUAAAAUGGCUGCCUAGUUUCAUGUUGGAAACCUGGGCACUGGCAUUGUAGGUGCCAGAGGGAAUCUCCUGGUCUGUAGGUUGUAUAGACUGUGGGAAAAGUGCAGUAUCUGAGCCGGAGUACUGAAGUGUCCAGAAAAGUCCCUAAUGGCUUCCCUUGGCUGGGAGAGAGAGUACUCUGGCCCCUUGUGCCUCUCAGGUGAGGCAAUGCCCCACCCUGCUUCGGCUUACCCACCUUGGGUUGUUCCUACUGUCUAACCGGUCCCAAUGAGAUGAACUUGGUAUCUCAGUUGGAAAUGCACAGAUCACUCAUCUUCUGUCGCUCUCUCACUGGGAACUGCAGACUGGAGCUGUUCCUAUUCAUCCAUCUUGGAGGACGUCUGGCCUGUUUGACAUUUUCUAUGUACAGAGCAAUAUCAUCUGUGACUAAUGAUGGUUUUAUUUCUUUCCAAAUUUUAAACCUAUUAUAUUUUCCGGAUCCUACUCUCACUCACAAUGUCCGUGAAGAUAAGAUGCAAAAUGACCAACCGGUACCUGAUAACGUCUUGUAAACAGUUCUACCUGGGAUUAUUAAUAUGGAAGCUGAUGGUAUUUCAUCCAUGAGUUACCAGGUAUCUGUGUACAUUUGCUUGUAAGUUGGAUUGUCCUACUUUGUUUUCAUAUGUAUGCAUGGUGUCAUCAAGGAAAGAAGGUAGUUUGGUUGUACUUUCUUUUGUGAGCUCAAUUUGGGUGAUCUCAGAUCACCACCUGGCAUAUCUUCUCCUUAUUUAUGAAAUAAUUUCUUAGAAACUGAGCAUCAGAGGGACAUACCUGUGGGGUUGACAUAAUGCAUGUACCUCACAGCUCAACCUUUUCAUUUGAUUUUCAGAUGCUACAGUCACUCACAAUAUCUGUGAAGAGAAGAUAAAUAAUGGCCAUCCAGCACCUGAUAACUUUUUGCCAACCAUUACAUGAGUGCUUAUUAAUCUGUCAGGAGCUGGCAUUCCGCCCAUGAGUACAAGGGAUCAGUACUCGACCGUCACUCACAAUGUCCGUGAAGAGAAGAUGGAAGAUGGCCAACCAGCACCUAAUAACAUCUUGUCAGCUAUUCUGCCAGGGCUUAUUAAUAUGGCAGGAGCUGGUAUUCCAGCCAUGAGUGCCAGUGAUCUCUGUAUGUUCUCUUACGCCACCAACAAUCGUAAUCUCCAUGAGGAGAAGAUGAAAAACCGCCCAGAAGCACCUGAUAACUCCUUGUCAGUGGUUCCACCAGGGCGUAGUAAUAUGUCAGGAGCUUGUACUUCAUCCAGGAGUACCAGGGAUCUGUGUGACUCACCAGUCACAGCAAUGUCUUCAAUGGAAACUGCCAAAUACGCCACAAAUAUCUCCUGCUAUGGCAAAGAAAUUUAAUGAUGAUGUAAAAUAUCAAUUAAUGAAAGAAGUUCGAAGGUGUGGGCGAA